AUGCAGAACCUUGAUCUCCCUCUGGACAACGUCACCAAGGGCGUGGCCGCGGUCUUUGAAAACUCCGCCCGUGGCUUCUAUCUGGUGGCCGAGCUGCACUCCGACGAGGGCAAGACUGAUGGCACCUCGCCGGAGACCAGCAACGGCCUGGCCCUGGCCGGCUGCCUGCUCAUCACCACGGAGUGGAGCGACUGGUGGAACGCCGAGUACUGGUGGAUCCAGAGCACUUUUGUGCUGCCUCAGUUCCGCGGCCAGCGGAUCUUCACCUCCCUCUACGAGCACCUGACCGGCCUGGCGCGCACGCUGAACACCACCCCCGGCGCCGAAGAUGGCGAGACGCGCCUCCGGGUGUCCGAGAUUCGCCUGUAUGUGGAGAAGCAGAAUGACGCCCGGUUUGUCUACGACCGCCUGGGCUUCCAGGACAGCGGCUACCUCAUGAUGAGCCUCAGCCUGCGCGACUGA